AUGGCCAAGAUCGUGCAGAUAAACCUGAAACACUCUAAGUGUGCCACAGACAAUCUGGCUGUCUUACUCAGGGAGGAGGACAUCGACCUUGCCAUCAUCCAAGAGCCCUGGGUUCAUAGCUCAUGUGUCAAAGUGCUCAACAUCAAUGGGUAUAAUCUUUUUUAUGAUAAAGGACAGGGUAAGCCAAGAUCGUGCAUUUUAGCAAAAACGCACCUUAAUGCUUGUCUCUGCUCUCAUUUAAGUUCUUUAGAUAUCACCACCAUCCGGAUAGAGCGGAAGCUAAAACCUGCGGUUUUAGUAACAUCCGCCUAUGUGCCACACGAUGAUGAGGCUCCUCCAGAGGGGGUACUACUAGUCCAAAAUUUCGCGCAGACCGAGAAGCUAGCCUUGCUGAUGGGUUGUGACCCCAAUGCGCGGCACUCCUUGUGGGGAAGCUCGGAAAUUAACGAUAGAGAAAAUUUUGAGCUGCUAAAAAAUCUUUUCGGUAACACGAAAAUACAGGAACAAUCUUUCGAAAAUUUAACGGAAACACUAACGGAUCGUUUCCAGUCGAAACGACAUGUGGUCGCUACACGUUACGAUUUUUUCAAAAGGGAAAUGAAGCCACAUCAAUCAUACAGAGAGUGGGUAGCCGAUCUCCGCGGAUUGGCAAGAGAGUGUAACUUUUCGUGCUCAGCCCAGAAUUGUUUGCACAAUUUCGUGGAUGAUAUGAUUCGUGACCAAAUUAUUAUACGUACACCUCACGAUGCUGUGCGCACGGCUGCGUUCCAAAAGCCCCAACCGACACUUGCUGAUGUUUUGCAGAUUGCAGAAUUGUACGAAACAACCACUAAAACGGUGGCAACAAUUAAACAACAAACGAUCGAAAACUCAAUGCCUGUUAAUUCAGUUGUAAAAUUCAAAUCAUGUUCUGGCUGUGGAAACUCUUAUGCAAGAGAAAACUGUAAAUUUAGAAAUGCUGUAUGCAAUAGAUGUAGCAAAAUUGGACAUAUUGCGCCAGUGUGCAUGUCAAAACAAAACAAGAACAACAAACGUAAUUCAGGUGAUGAAAACAAGAAGAAAGAUUACCGUCGUAAAAGUCACAACAUUGGUACUGUUGAAACAAUUAACAGUUUAACAGGUAUUGUAAAAACUGAAAGCAAUAAGAAUUACAUUGACUUGGAAAUUUGUAAUAAAAUUGUGUCUUUCCAAAUGGAUUCUGGUGCAACAGUUUCUCUAAUAAAUAAGCGAACAUUCAAAACUCUAAAUUGCCCAAAGUUGCGAAAUUGUACAAAAACCUUAUUUGGUUUUGGCAAAAAUGAAAUUCCAGUGCUUGGUGAACUUUGCGUAGAUAUCAAAUGUGGCGGAGAAGAAAGGGAAGUGGUAAUCGUUGUCGUGGAUGUCGAAAACUGUAACAAUUUAUUCGGUUUCGAUUUAUUUAAAGAAUUCGGGUUUGAGAUUCAGCAAAUUUGUAACAUUACUGAAAGUGAAUCACACAGAAUUAGCGAGCUGUGUAAGAAAUAUGGUGAUAUUUUUGAACCAGCUCUUGGCACAAUAAAAAACUUUAAGAAAGAAGUCGAUCGAUUGACAAAUGCGGGUAUUUGGAAACCUGUGAAGUUUUCCCAAUGGGCUUCGCCUAUUGUACUAGCGCCAAAAGCUGAUGGUUUCAUAAGAAUUUGUGGGGAUUUUAAACAAGCAGUCAAUGCGCAAAUUGACAUUGAACAAUAUCCUUUGCCCAUACGCGAAAGUCUUUUCCAUAAAAUUAAAUACGGUCAACAUUUUACAAAAAUCGACCUUAAGGACGCGUAUUUACAAAUGGAAUUCGACGAUGAAGCAAAAACAAUAGUGGUUGUCAACACUCCACUUGGGUUAUUCCAAUACCAACGUUUACCGUUUGGGAUUGCAAGCGCUCCAGCUAUAUUCCAAAGAUAUCUUGAGCAGUUACUUCAAGGCGUAGAUGGUUGCGGAAAUUAUCUCGAUGACAUCAUCAUCUCCGCACCUACAUUUCAACAACACAUCAGCCGCCUAGUACAAGUACUUCGUAUUUUGCAACAAAAUGAUGAGUCAGGACUAAAAGCAGUCAAAAACCUGCAGCCGCCUAAAGAUCUAAAGCAAGCAGAAGCAUUCAUGGGUAAGGUAAAUUAUUACCAUAAUUUUAUACCUAAUUUUUCGCAAUUAUCUGCGCCAAUCAACAUGCUGCGCCGAAAAAAUGUAAAAUUCACAUGGGGUACAGCACAACAACAAGCAUUUAUAGCUCUUAAAACGCAUAUUCUCAAUGCAGCGCAAUUAGCACAUUAUCAGGAAGAUUUACCGUUGGUUCUAGCUACAGAUGCCUCCUCCUAUGGCAUAGGAGUCGUGCUCUCGCAUACGUACGUUGACGGUACAGAAAGACCUAUUGCUUUUGCAUCUAAAACUCUCGACAUUCAUCAACGACGAAUGUCGUUGAAGAAGAAGAAGAUUCACCUUGGUUACUGA